GUUCCUUCAAUUAUGAGUAACAUGCUGAAUCCAGAUGCUAUUUUUUCAAACAAUGAAAUGAGCCUGUCAGACAUUGAAAUUUACGGUUUUGAUUACGACUACACAUUGGUCUUUUAUUCCAAACAUUUGCACACGCUGAUCUUCAAUGCUGCUCGAGAUCUUCUUAUUAAUGAGCAUCGGUAUCCUGCAGAAAUAAGAAAAUAUGAUUAUGAUCCAAAUUUUGCUAUCAGAGGACUUCAUUAUGAUGUGCACCGGGCAUUAUUAAUGAAGAUUGAUGCUUUUCACUAUAUUCAACUGGGGACAGUUUACAGAGGCCUCAGUGUUGUCCCAGAUGAAGAAGUCAUUGCAAUGUAUGAUGGUUCCCAUGUCCCUCUAGAACAAAUGAGUGACUUUUAUGGAAAGAGCUCACAAGGAAAUACAAUGAAGCAAUUCAUGGAUAUAUUUUCCUUGCCAGAAAUGACACUUCUUUCCUGUGUGAAUGAAUAUUUUCUGAAAAACAACAUCGAUUAUGAGCCUGUUCAUCUGUAUAAAGAUGUCAAGGAUUCAAUCAGGGAUGUCCACAUCAAAGGAAUAAUGUACAGAGCAAUUGAAGCAGAUAUUGAGAAAUACAUCUGCUACGCCGAACAAACUCGUGCGGUGCUAGCAAAGCUGGCUGAUCAUGGCAAGAAGAUGUUUCUCAUCACAAACAGUCCCAGCAGCUUUGUGGACAAAGGCAUGAAGUUCAUAGUUGGCAAGGACUGGAGGGACCUCUUUGAUGUGGUUAUUGUACAGGCUGAUAAGCCAAACUUUUUCAAUGAUAAGCGAAGACCAUUUCGGAAGGUGAAUGAAAGGGGAGUGUUGCUUUGGGACAAAAUUCACAAGCUGCAGAAAGGUCAGAUUUACAAACAGGGUAACUUGUACGAAUUUCUGAAGCUUACUGGCUGGAGGGGCUCUAAGGUUCUCUACUUUGGUGAUCACAUUUACAGUGACUUGGCAGAUUUGACCCUGAAGCAUGGCUGGCGCACUGGUGCAAUUAUUCCAGAGUUACGAUCAGAGAUUAAAAUCAUGAACACAGAGAAAUACAUUCAAACCAUGACCUGGCUGCAAACCUUGACAGGAUUACUGGAACACAUGCAGGUUCACCGUGAUCCUGAUUCACAAAUGAUUUUAGAAGAAUGGAAGAAGGAAAGAAAGGAGAUGAGGGAGAUGAACAGGAAUUUCUUCAACGCACAGUUUGGAAGUUUAUUCAGAACUGAUGAGAAUCCAACUUAUUUCCUAAGACGUCUCUCUAGAUUUGCAGAUAUCUAUAUGGCAUCACUGAGUUGUCUCUUGAACUAUGAGCCUGAUUACACGUUUUAUCCAAGGAGGACUCCUUUGCAGCAUGAACUUCCUGGCUGGUCGGACCAGCUGUGCACUGGUACAUUCAGAAUACCUUUCCUACAAGACACAGUUCAGAUCAAAUAA